CCUGUAUAUAGUAUUUAGCAGUGUUUAGCCUUUUUAAUAUUUUAGAUGUUAAAAAACCCUCUUGUUUUCAAUUUUAGUUAAAUGGAAAAUGCGUUUAGUUAUGUAACAGAACCUCAACCGAGAAUGCAAGGUGGUGACAGUAGGUAUAACAGAUUGGCACAGGUACAAAUGUUUAAAGAGGCAAAUCCUGAUCUAGAGCUGGAGGCUAAAACUAAGAAAGUGACAGAGAAGUUAUCUGAAAGUAUGAAUAUUAUAGCAAAUGAACCUUCCUUGGCUUUCUUCAGAAUACAGGAACAUGUGAGAAAAUGUUUACCACAGCUAGCUGAGACAAAGCAUGAGGUACAAGAUUUACAGCAGAAAGUACAGGGGGCCUCAUUUGAUGCUGAAUAUGCUGCAAAUGCCGUUCAUGAAAUGCAUAAAAGUUCAAGCCAUUUCACAAAUAUUCAAGACCUACUGAAGAACUCCAUGUUUCUUAAGCAGCAGAUAGACUAUGAACAAAACCGAAGGGAACAGAUUAAGAAUAAUCCUGGCAUGUAUUCUACCAUUUCCUCACCUAAUAUAAACUUACAUGCUGAAGGUGGAGGGUUUGAGCGGCCAGCUACGCCGGUUCACGGCAGGCACAAACAUUCUGAAAAACGCAGGGGAAGGGUCCGUCGUGUCAUGUCCGAACAUAUAGAAUAAAGUCUACUGUCCAAAUGAAAGCUCUAGAUCUCCAGUUUCGGGAAAGGAAACUCAGCCACAUAAAGAAAUGGAUUCCGUGGUACAGUAGAAAACCUCCUCAUUCCCAAAAAAACUUAUAUGCCAACUCUUGUGUGUGUGAGAGACUGGAUAUUUAUAAAACAUAAUUAUAGGAAAGUUCAAAGUUCAUAGUUGAACGUUUGAUGAGAAGUGAGACGGUAAACUUUUGAUAAAAGGUCAAAGGUCAGAUUGUGAAUUUUUGAUAAAAGGUCAAAGUUUAGACUUUUAACCUCUGAUUAAAGGUCAAACUGCACCAGCAAUGAAUUUGUAGAUAGCCAAAUGUGAAAUUGUCAACUCUUUAUUUAUUAUUCUUGUAUUAUAAUUUUAUAGUUUAAGGUAUUUGUUUAAUUUUUUUUUUGUAAUUUGAAACAGUUAUAAUUAUAGAUUAGAAAGGUUUCGUUUAAAAAUUAUUAAAAUUAAUGUGAUUUUAAUUAAACAUUAUUUUUAAUGUCUGUUUUUUAUUGAAAUAUUAAUGUUCAUCUCAUGUCAGUGAAAUAUAAGUCAUAUCAGAGAUUUAUAUAAUAGACCUGUUAUCAUACAAGUAUUUAUAACUGUUUGAAAAUGAGUGAAUUAUAAAAUUUUGGAUUUUGGUUACUGUUAAUAUGCAAUAUAUUUCACUCGGAAAAUAAAGAUUUUAUAUGUUCACUUGCAUUUUUAGAAAUUUUCAAUAUUUUUUUUCAAAAGCAAUCUUAGAAAUAUUUGAAAAUCUCAAACUAUCUCAAUGAGAUACUUAUUAUGUUAAGUGAAUACAACCAAAAAUAUUAAUACAUAUAUAUAAUAUUAAGCAAAACAAAAAAAAAACAAAACAAACAAAAAAAAAACCCAAGAGAUACCAUCCAUUUAUCCAAUAAAUUGACUCAGUGUUUAAUAAAGUUUGAACUUUCUUGUGCUGCAUGCAUCAGUUUUCAUAUAUCUUAAUUAUUAAGGUAAGGUUUUAUGUUGAUUUAGUGCAAUAGAAUGAUAUUUAUUUCCAAAGUAAUUUAUCACUCAAAUUCUUAUUUAAAUAUAUGUAUUAUUCUGUUGUUGAUGUAUGUGUAAUGAUUUUUAUGACAUGAAAAUGAAUGUUAUUUAAAGUAUUAAAACAA